AUUGUUUUUAAAGUAUUUUAAUUGUCAUAAAUAAUUCAAAAUGGGUUGCGAUGGUGGAACUAUACCUAAAAGAGAUGAGCUAGUGCGCGUAAAGCAAAAACCAGAGCAGAAAGAUAAAGAUUCCGAGCGUGAAUUUCGAUGGCUUCACUGUGCCCUGACCCAGCAACGUCUGGAGGAACCCAUUAUCAUGUGUGGCUUGGGCCGUUUGUACUCUAAACAAAGUCUGAUUGAACGUUUGUUGGAAAAGGACAAUAAAAUGCCCGAGGCCUCGGCUCAUGUGAAGUCUCUCAAGGACAUUAAAACCUUAAAAUUGACACCAAAUCCCGCCUACGAGGUCAAUGAGGAUAAAACCGAGGGCUUAUUGGAUACACGACAUGCUCCAUACAUUUGCAAACUGAUUGGUUUAGAAAUGUCCGGAAAAUUCCGUUUCGUGGCCUUAUGGAGUUGUGGCUGUGUCAUGUCCGAAAGGGCACUUAAACAGAUAAAGGGCAAGACAGCGAGUACUUGUCCACUAUGUCUGGUGCCUUAUUGUGUGGAGGAUGUCAUAGUGCUCAAUGGAAAUGAAGAAGAUGUGGAACUGAUGAAGGUCAAAAUAGAAAUGAGGGCAGCCAAGAGGAAAGAGAGCAAAAAGAAGGACAAAAAGUCUGCCAAAUCCAACGAAGAAAAAACAGAAGCAGUCACCGCAGACAGCAAAGUGAAGGAGCCCAAGGAAAAGGAAAUAACUAUCAAGACGGAGAAGCCUUCUACUUCAUCGAAAAUCAAAAGAUCCAUCCCCAUAAAUGCCAUGCAGGAUCCCGAGUUGAAACGCUUGAAAACGGAUUUCAGUGUAGCCAAGGAUCCCAAAGCCACGGAUGUCUAUAAAUCACUAUUCACCUCUCAUAAGACAGAAAAGGAACAAGAGCGUGCCCAUUGGGUUACCUAUAAUCCAUUUUACAAUUAAAUUACAAUCUAGUGACCAUUUCUUUUCAUAGUUAUCGUUUUUGCUUUUCGAAACUUCACUUAAUACAAUAAAUAGUACGUGACACUGUAGAAAAAAAAUAUAUAUUUUAAAUCUUGA